ACCCGCAUCCCGCAGCCUCCACUACCUCCACCUCUUCCACUACCUCCACCAUGAAGUUCGCUGUUGCCGUUCUCCUGGGUCUGGUCGCCGUGGCUAUUGCUCGCCCAGACAACGUUAUGGACAUCGAGCUUGAGGACAUUCAUCACGAGCUGGACAUCGCCGACGACACCUCCGUCACUGGGACAUACACCUGGACAUCCCCUGAAGGCGAGACCUAUUUCGUGAAGUACGUGGCUGAUGACGACGGCUACCGCGUGCUGGAGUCCAAUGUGGUGCCAGUCAGCGCUGAUGGUGUGAGGGCUGACGGUGCCCAGGGAUCCUUCGUGUCCGUGGAGGAUGAUGAUGAUGAUGACCUGGAUGAUAACUAAGCUCUAGGAUACAAAGCUGAAUUUCCCAAAGGACUUCGUAGGACUUUUUGAUGAUGAUUUUUGCCUCUAAGGAGUUAUUUCACCUAUCAAUCUACCUGUCAAUCAGAUCUAUUCAUCACCCCAUCUACCUGUCUAUUAGUUUUUCUAUCUACCUGGAGAAGCGGUCCCUCUUUCUCUCUCUUUCCAUUACCUACCUGUCUACAUAAGGACCUCUUGAUCUAACUUUCCACCUGUCUACCGUGCCUUUAUCUUGUAGAAAUGGUGUACUAUCUCUCUCUCUCUCUCUCUCUCUCUCUCUCUCUCUCUCUCUCUCUCUC